AUGAGUGUGGCGAGCUCGGUACCGGAAGGUGCCAGUCCGCCUCCCGAACCGCCACCUCGGGACUACAGUGACAUGACGGUCGACUUUCGUGACGUCGAUGAUAAAGUGAAUGUAGACGAAAAACUUGUGAUUGAUGGAGACGUGAAGAUUAGGGCUCGUUUGGAGGCAUGUCGUCAGGGUAUGAUACAACUUGAAGCACUACGGACUAAACACAUAAAACUAAUGCAGACUCUGCGAAUCGAUCAUCUCAAAUAUAUCGAUAUCGAGUUCUCAUCAAGUGAAAUUCCAAUGGAGAUGAUAUUUCAGGAAAUGCGUGGUCGACUUCCGACGAUUCCCGGAUGCGCAGACGUGCAGGCGAGAAUCAAACGCACAGCCGCCAUCUCCGAUCGUUCGUCUCUUCAGAGCGUCGACAGCGGUGUCAGCUCACUCGGGCAGAGAUGGUCGGUUAAACAGGAAGAGAAAAUUCCAUCACAUCGUUGCAGCUCUAUUUUUGAUUUGCGCUUUCGUCAACUCGCCGUGGGUUCACUGAAAGCGGUGCACGAUUUUCCAAUUCUCCUGACUGGUGAAUUUAAUGGAGCGGUUUCACUUUCUCAGAGCGGUUUCGUGUGUGGAAUGCGGUGA